UCCCACUUACAUCACCUCUCGUCGGUGCCUGCCUGUGUGUUUCACCCCUCCGGGUGCCGCUGUGUUAUUCCCCUUCUCUUCCAGAGGCCGGGGGCCCUGACAGUGCACAGUCCUCUGUGAACACCCUCCACAAGUACAGUGACCGUAUUUGCCACACCAACAACUGGGACACAGGAGCUGCGAGAGGUGUCGGCAGGACGCCCAUCUCAUUCUCUGCACCCAAGAAGACAAAAGGAAACAACCAUCAGAUUCCGGAGCAGGGGUUCAGACCUGAGAGGCUGGUGAGCAAUCUGCGGGAGCAUGUGGCGAGAAAGUUUUCUUUUGCAACAGAGAGAGUUUCUGAAGUAGAUACUACCUUCACGGAAGAGGAGCAGCGGGGCGGCGGCUGCGGGUUGUUCUCCAGGAUUCAGCACUCACCCGUGACCCGCCCUGCCCGGCGUGGAAGGCUGUUUCCCUGCAGGAACUUGGCACAGAUCAGAGUCCGCGGAGAGACUUUUAGGGCCAUGUGUACACUCGUGCCUCGGGCGAUUACUCAGGAACCGUGUGCGGGAGACUGUGCAGAAGAUCCGAGGGACUGAGCGGCGGAGAUUGCGGAGCAGCCCGGCUCCCAACAGCUGCAGGCUCAGUCCAGGCACCGAGAGGGCCAACAGGUGUGUGUGAAAGAGGAGACACUGGCAUCUCGCAGUAGAAGGUGAAUGAUGACUGAGGUGGGAACAACACCCCUGCUUCUGACAGAGACCAACCCACACAACACGGACAGUGAACCUGGAUGCCAAAUACAUGAUUUCACAUCUUUGAUCCUUGACAGCGUCACUGUGCUCAUCUGUCUCUUCGGGCUGGCGGGGAAUGGGAUGGUGUUUUGGCUCCUCGGCUUCUGCAUUAAGAGGAACCCCUUCACAGUCUACAUCCUCAACCUGGCCAUCGCCGACUUUAUCUUCCUCCUCUGCCUGCUUGCUUACCUCAUGCUUAGUAUGGUGGAAACUCUCUUCUGUUUGCCUGAAUUUGGGCAAUCAAUACGGGUUUUCCACCUGCUGUUUCUCUUCGCCCACAACGCCAGCCUGUAUCUCCUGACGGCCAUCAGCCUGGAGAGGUGUCUGUCCGUCUUCUAUCCCAUCUGGUGCCGAUGCCGCCGCCCAAAGCGUCUGUCUGCCCUGGUGUGUGCCUUGCUGUGGGCUCUCUCUGGCCUGGUAACUGGGCUAAUGACUUAUUUCUGUGUUUCUAAAAAAGAUAGACAUUGUAGAGCAUCACGUAUUGCCAUAUAUGUGGUGGAUUUCCUGAUUUUCGCGCCCGUCAUGGUUCUGACCAACCUAAUCCUGUUCGUCAAGAUCCAGCGUAGCUCUCAGCAACGUCAGCCUGGAAAGCUCUACAUUGUUAUCUUGCUCACUGUUGUCUUCUUCCUCAUCUUUGCUAUUCCCUUCAGUAUGAAGAGCUUUGGCCAGUAUUUUAAUUCUGUUGCUAUCAGCAUUGAGGUAUGUUAUGCAUUGGCUUCUGUAAACAGCAGCAUUAACCCGGUUAUUUACUUCUUAGUCGGGAGCUACAGGAAGUGGCAAUUCAGGGGUUCUGUCAAGUUCGCGUUCCGGAGGGUCUUUGAAGAGCAGGUAGAAUCCAGAGAGGACAGAGAAUCCCGCAGGACAACCAUAAUGGAGAUGAACAACUAAAUCCCUACCACGCCCAGAAUGAGAGACCUUCUUAUGGGCAUGGAAUUGUAUUAAUUAGUAUGAAAAUUAGCAACUUCCCACUUGUUGAUUUUUUUAAAAUGUCCCAUAUAGCAUAUUUCUGUGGCACUUGGUUAUGACAUUAUAUCAGUCUUGGAAAACUUUCAUUGGCAUGAUAUUAGGGCCUAUUCUACACAGCCUCCAAGAUAUAUAUCCAGUGAAUAUCUAUUUUUAAUUCAAUGUGGCAGUAAAUGGUUUCUGCUUCUGUCUGCCAAUCACCUACUAGAAAGAGGGAUUGAAAAAAAUGCAUUUUGACAGGGUGGACAUGAGAGGCACUAGCUUACUGACAUUAAUCUCAAAGGGCAACUUUAUUAUGUUUGCUCAAACUAUAAGAAUUAAAGAGAAAGAAAGUUAUUCUAAAGUCAGAAAUACAUAUCAAUAUCUACCUAAUUAAACAAGAUACACAUUGCCCAAUUCAGUACUACGUGUGAUCAUUAGAAAAUCAAAUAAUUCCAGAGGGACACAAAUAAAAGAGCCGUGAGUGAUGGAAAGGUGAUGGUUAGAGAUCACCCGGUAGCUAUAAGAAAGAGUUUACAUUCCCGUUCCCACUCCGCAAGAAUAUGGCUGCAGUAUAUAAAGUUCAAAUGUUUUAUCUUUCUUAUCCACCUUUUCUGUGUAUUUAAAUUGUAAAAAGUGUGUUAAUGGGAGUUGCCAACUGGAGGGAAUAAUUCCGGACACACUGGGUGCAGGUGAAAACAAGCAGAGGAUUUAUUGGUUCACACAGCUGGUGGAGUAUCCAUCAGGGGUUAACCUGGUGAGCACUAACUUAACCAAAACAUACAUUAGAUUAUAUAGGCAGCAGAUGGGUGGAGGGGAAGUGAUUUGAUAGGUCUAGCGGCGGAAAUGAGAUAUGCACAUAAGCCAAUGAAAUAUAAAGGUUACAUAGGAUCCCCACCCAUCGCCAAUUAAACGUAUUAUCACUAAUACAAAUAAUUAUUCUUAACAAGCUAAAUAAGCCAACAUAAACAGGAUGGAAGCCCCCAAAAUGGACAUGUUAAUGUUAACUUGUUUUGCUGAAAUUGACACAGUCCUUGGGAUCCAAGCUGAUUAAUCUGAAAUUACAGGAGACAGUAAGGAAAACCACGCAGCCUGGCUGGUACCCGCCAGGCCUUAUCAGAGUGAGUCCCCUUUGGAAUGUAGUUGCCAGGGGAACCAGGGUCGAGUUAACGGUUGUCUGUGUGCUGUAUUCCCAGGCUUGUCUAAUGAUUCCGGAUUUGAGUUCUCAGUUCUCAGCAAGAUACCAUGGACUGCCUCAGUUUACCCCUUCACCAACUCUAACUUAAAAUGAAACCCCUGGGCCACAGGGACCUAUUUUAAUGUUGUAACAGAGCACGAAGGCAUCAAUAACAUCAUCUCCCUUCUUAGGCCCAAGACCAGAGGUGCCAGAUUUCGA